GCUUUUGACGAUGGGACACCAAAAAACACAACACCGGGUGCCUUCAAUACCAUGGCAUGCUCACAAACGAAUAUGGAAUAUCAAAUUUGAGGCAGUGAAUAAUCCUUUUGGGGGCAAAGUUAAAUGAUUUUUCUCUAUGAUAUAUUGAUUUUUGAGUAGCAUAAAAAAAUAACCUAGUAUUUUAAUUUUCAUGACCUAAGUAUGAAAUCUCAUCACCGAAGAUAUUUCAUACCCCGAAGUUUUUUCAUACAACACCGGGCCACGCAUGCGCAGUAGGGAGACAACAAUUUUUUCCUGAGAGGCGGAAAAAAAGUAGCGAUUAUCGCUAGUUUGGUUACAAAAGUAACGAAGAUACCGAUAUAUAUUUAAAUAAGUAGCGGAUGGCCGAUAAUCCGAUUUUGUUAUCAGCGAUAAAGUAUCGCGAUAACUUAUCGCGAUAACGCCCAGCUAUGAAAUCAGCUCUGUGCCUCCAAAAGAUCCAGGCGGGCACACCCGUCCCCCGUAAGUGCUGCAACUGUGGUGGUGAGCAUAACGCCCACUACCACUCCUGCCCGAUGAAGCCUAAACCAUCUCGGGUCGCGGCGCCUGACCACCACCCUCAGCAAGGCCGCCCUGCUCCUCUCCCACAGUCCUCGGCCUGGGCCCGGGGGGCUCCCUCAACGUCCGAGUUUCCGCCCCUGCUGCCCCAGCCUCACCCACUGCCACCCCUGUGCCUCGCCAGGCUCCUGCUCCGGCACCCCAGCCACAGCCUACCGUCCCCCCUGUGCCGGCUGCCAGUCCCCCCGCUGUCGAUGGGUCGACCCCUAUCCUCCAUCAGAUCCUCGCUGCAGUCACCCAGCUGCAGGAGACGCUGGCUGCAACAAUCUCCAGGGUGGCGGCCUUGGAGCAGCGAGUCUCCACGCCCCCGCCUGCGCGUGAGCUCUCCUCCAUCCCGGCCCCUGCUCCAUCUUCGGCCCCGGCCCCGUGCCCUGCCCUGCCGUCUGCUGGUGAGGCCAUGGACGCCGAUAGUGGGGACAGUGUGGUUCCCCCUGCGGGCCAGAUGCAGAACACCCCUGCAACCCCACCGGCUGUGGUGACUGCAGCUGCCGAGGGAACGGCCGAACCUCGCCAUGGCCAGACGGGUCCUUCACCUUCACCUGCUGAUCCUCCACUGCAGUGGGAGGCCACACUCCAGGUGCUGCUGGCGCAGUUUGCUUCCCUGACUCAGCAGGUGGCUGAGCUCCAUCAUCGGAUCACCCCACUCCUUGACCGGCAACCACCCCCUCCUGACCAGUGUUUGCUGAGUGACCACUUUGCCCUGGAGACGACCAUCCCGAUCCAGCCUGCCCCUGCUGUGUCCCGGAAGCGGUUGGCUGUCCCUGCUGCCCGGAUGCCGCGCCUCGUUGCCGAAGUCGGGGCGUGGUACCAUACUGUGAAGGGAUCCUUUACCGACGCCGCCUCGCUGUACCACGGCCUGCUGGACACCGUCGAGAGUUUUGUUGCAGCUGGCAGGGCCCCUCCAAGGCCCGCCAAGUGCCGCCUGCAGACCUACGCCUCGGACCCGGCUGUCUCCAACUGUCAGCGGACCCUUGCCUCGUACCAGCGACGCUGGCAGCAGGACCCGGGCCCCGCCGAUCGGGCUGCCCGCGAUGCCAUGGUCGCUGUGGCGCACCACCUCACUGAACUCAGACAAGAGGCCCGCUCACGACACUGGGUCGCCUUCCUUGCCAGCGUGCGCAAGACCCGCUCCCUGCGGGAGGUUUGGCACCAUGUCAACAGGGUGAGAGGGAGGACCAAACGGCUGGUGAGUGACCCUGACCCUGCGGGCCGGGCCCAGGACCUGAUACACCAGUGGCAGAGGGCCUCCUCCCUUGGUGGUCUCCCUGCACAACACCAGGCCGAACUUGCCCGCCACAGGGAGCGGCGGAUAGCCCUCGUUCAGCACCACGUCACACUUCUGGAUGACACAUGUGUCCCCAUUACCCACGAUGAACUCCUUCUUGCUGUCAAACAUGGCAAGUCGACAGCCCCGGGCCACGACGGGUUGACUUACGACAUUCUUAAUGCCUUACUUGUUGUGCAAGGUGACAACCCCCUGCUUGACCUGUUCAACAUGUCGUUUGCCGCAGGUUGCCUCCCCCCUCCAUGGAAAGCUGCAUUGAUCGUUCCCAUCCCUAAGGGUGAUGGCACCUUUCGCCCUAUCUCCCUGACGAGCUGCGUGUGUAAACUGUUAGAGCGGGUGAUCUUGAACAGACUUCUCUAUAAGCUGGGGGACCGGCUCUCCCCAAACUUACAUGGGUUUAUGAAGGGCCGUUCCACAAGUGACUGUUUUCUUAAGUGCCUUAGUAAUCCAGACGUGAAUUGUCGCGCUUUUGUGGACUUAAAAGGGGCCUUUGAUAGGGCCAACAAGGAUGUCAUAAUGGAGGAACUCACUCUGAAGGGUGUCCGUGGAAGACUCUUAAGCUGGAUCAGGGACUAUUUGUAUGGUAGGAGGGCGCAAGUGGUUUUCCAGGGUGCUACCUCCACGGAGGAAGUGUUUGAGCUGGGCACACCGCAAGUGGGUGUCCUCAGCCCCAUGCUUUUCAACAUUUUAAUGGACAAAAUUGCUCGGUGGCCCUUUCCGGGCAAUACUCAGGUCAUUAUCUAUGCAGAUGAUGAAGAUGUUUUACCUUUCUGUCGUCAGGUCCCUCAUUGAUUAUGCUGCCCCUGUUUUGGUACAGUUUAGUGCAGCACAACUUCACCCCUUGGAACUUAUUCAAAAUGAGGCCAUGCGCCUCAUUCUGGGGUGCCCCAGAACUGCAAAACUUGAGGUCAUGAGGGCAGAACUGAAUCUGCCUCGUGUUGUGGACAGAUGUCCUCGACCCGGGCUGAGCUGUAUGCCAUCCUUGAGGCUCUCCACACUGUAGCAGCUUUGCACAAAAAUGUCUACUUGUUUGUCGAUAGCCAGGCUGCAUUGCAUGAACUUGUGUCCUCCUCCCCUACCGACUGUGAUCUUGUAACUAAGUGCCUGACUCCCGUCCGUGCCCUUGAGGCCGCAGGUGUCACGGUCCACUUCACCUGGGUGCCCUCUCAUGUGGGCAUCCAGCUCAAUGAGAAGGCAGACUGCCUUGCUCGACGUGCCCUUCAGGAUGACACAGUGGACCCUGGCACUGACUAUACGCUUAGCUAUGUUAAGAAUAGACUUAGGCAUUAUUCACGUGAUAGCAUUGCUACCCAACUCAGACACUUCUGUGACAAUGGCAGCGCCAGCAGCCUCCACUAUGUUAGUGUCUCCCAGCGCUGUGUUUACCCCUAUGGGCAACACAGUGCCCCUCAGGAUGUGGUAGCAAUGCGCCUUAGGCUAGGCUAUAGGUACUACUGGGAGGUUAGUAACUCCCCUGGUGUCUGCUGCACGCUCUGUGCCAGGCCGAGGGGCCACACACUGCAUCACUAUGUCAUGGAAUGCCCUCUCAUUGCUAAGUUUAAGCCACGGGACUGCCUUGACCUGCCCCAGACAAUUUGUUGGCUCCUGAACCAUGAUGUCCUCCCUGCUAUCCUCAAAGAACACCCUCAGUUUGCACCAAGGUGGUGAUGCCGUGUGUGGCAGCCUGAACUACUGCUGUGCUAUACAAGGCUGUGAUCUCUGCAGUAUUUUACUUUAAGGACUAGUAUUUACUCUAUCUCUGUAUUCAUUCCCAUCUAGUGCUUGGGCAAUGUUCUCCGUCCCCACAUUUUAUUGUCUUAUUGUCCAGGGGGAGGUACCGCCCCCUCCCUUGUUGUGCUUUCCUUCCUACCAUUGUAUCUUUUUAGUUUCAUGGUGCUACCUACACAUGUAUUAAUAGUUGUAUAAUCACACUCUGUCCUGCCUGGGGGUUGGGAUGGCAUGUUCCUCCCUUCUCCCUUGUUGUUUACCUGCAACAAUAAACUAUCAAUCAAUCAA